AGGAGGCUUCUGCAGUGUGUCUUUAUUCACACACGGAGAGAGAUCCCCAUCGCUCCGUGUGAUUAUUUCAAAGUCUUUUUCGUACAAGGUUUGAAAAAAAUAAAUAAAUAAAUAAAUAAAUAAAAAGAGCGAGUGCGAGUUUCAAAAGUUCUGCGCAAGCAUGGAACUCAAAAUUACAUUAUUUGCACUUCUGGCGGUAUGUCUUCUUGCGGCCGAUGUCGAAGCUGGUUGGAAAUUCUGGAAAUCCAGCAAAAAGGACGAAGCGACGACCACGACUACCGUAGCACCUGCGGUCAUCGUCAAUCCCAAUCCUCCCAAAGUUACUCCAACCGGUGUACAGCAGCCCUCGGGUGGAAUUCAACCCGCGAAUUCCAAUACUAACAAGGCCAUCGCUGGUGCGGGAGAUCCGGGACUAGUCGUUGGCGUUGGUAACACAGGAACGAAUAUCAGGAACAAUGCUCGUCCAACGGGACCGAAUCCUGGAACAGAAGUUGGUCGUGACGUGACUGUGCCUAGACCGGGUCGUCCUGGAACCGGAGGAACGAACAGUGGACAAGGCUACAGGGAUUGGGCAGUAGGUUUAACCGGAGCCGCUGAGGGCAUGCAACCUGCGCCAAAAUCGCCGAGUCAAGGACCAGCGAUCACUGGUGCUGCAGGACAACAGCCCGCGCAGGUAGGCGGUGUCCCAACUGGUCAAUCUCAACCGAGACCUGGACAACCUGCUACGGGUAGCCCGAGUAACGUUCAACCCCAAGGGCAAAGAACCGGGCAACCCGCGAGCGGAUAUCCCGGUACCGGACAAACACAAAUGGGUCAGCAACAGCCUGCCGGAAAUCGUCCUGGCACUCCAACCGGAAGUGGUCCCGCUAUCCAGGGAGGACAGCCGGGUGUCCUUCCUACGGGACACACAACAUCGACGACUCACGGACCUCAGAGUGCCGCAAACGAUGGAAGACCCCAAGUUUCGACGCUGAACAUCGGUAGUUUGCAUCCCGGAAGCAGACCGGGAUCUCCGAAUUCCGGUAGUGCGACUAAUCCUCAAUCCAGACCUGGAACGCCUACGUCUCCCACCGGAGGAGUUUCACCCACGGGUGGAAAAUCUUGGGCCGAUAUCGCCGCUACCAACAGCAGACCUGGCUCUCCGACGCCGAUGCCGAGACCUGGAUCUCCCCAGAGUGGACAGAAUAUCCCUGGACAACCAGCAGGGCGACCGACUCAAGUUCCUGUCCAGCCGUACGGUCAACCGGGACAUCAGGGUAGUCAACAGCCCGCAGGACGUCCUGGUUCUUCGGUCGGUGGAGCGAUCGCUGGAGGUGCUGCGGGCGCAGCGGCCGGUGCCGCUGGUAACAGGGUAUUUUCCAGCAACCCCACAUUCAGCAAAGGAAACACCGUCACGAACGAUGAUCUUCAAAAAUUGAGCGAGGCAUUGUUCAUCAAAGAUACGAACAACGCGAAGAGAUACAUCACCUUGAAUCUCCAACAACGGUCGUCAGGCAGUACCGAUCAGGCGCCACAACCAUUACUCGCCGUCCGCCCCGAAGCUCUACAAAUCCCAACGAUUCAGAAGGUGAUCGCUCUGUACAACAACUACGAGCAAGAUAUUCGCACAAACGAAUACGUGAGCCCGGCGGAACGCGCCGAAGAAAGUCUUUUGGUCGACACAUUUUUGAGUACAAACGUUAUGUCGUACGCGAUGAGAUUUUUGGCGGACAAGGGAUUCGUUCGCCAGGAUUACUACGAGUACAAGGAUACCCUGCGAAGACUCUGGUUCAAUCUUUACUCUCGUGGGGACGGUAAAAUCGGCAGUUCGGGAUUCGAACACGUGUUUCUGUCAGAAUUGCACCGCGCUGGGCAAGGAUCUCCCAAUAGGCAAACCGACGAAAUUCUCGGAUUGCAUAAUUGGAUCUAUUACUACAACGAAGAAGUUAACAAUCACGCCAACUAUCUGGGCUACGUUAAAAAGCUCGACCUGGGUGACAAAGCCUCGAUAAUAAAGGUGCACACCAAGGUGAACAACAUCGACAAGCCGGUGACGACCAUGUUCGUCGGUACCUCACCUGAAUUGGAAAUGGCCCUGUACACGGUUUGCUUCUACGCUAGGCCAGAUGGAGAUUGCCCGGUUUCUCUCGGAGGGUCGCCAUUCACCAUCAAGACUCACAAAUUUCGAUACCGCGGCAAAGAUUUGAUCGGAAGUGCCUAUCCGAACAUAUAAUAAGAAUUGGUACAUGUUAAUUGUGAAAUGAAACUUGGAGACAAUCAUUUAGCGAUAUAUACAUAAGUGUAGUUUGUCCGUACGAAUCUCAAGUUCUAGUCACAUGCAGAUUCGUGUAUUUUAUCGGAUAAUUUGAAUAAUCGCGCAUCCUAUUUGUACGCAAUAAGUCUCAUAUGUAAUACAUAGCUUUUUCGUUUGUAAUCUACGACGAGCGAUAUACCGAAGAGUUUUAAAUAAAAAAGUACAUUGUUUUAA